UUCCCCGCGCCCAGUUGCUUAGGGUUUCCGAGUACGCGCCCACGGCACGGAUACGCGCACUCCAGUCUCCGUCCUCUGCUAGACAUGGCGGCGGAUCUAAACCCAGACUGGCUCUCCUGCCUUCCUUCUUCUUGGAGUUAUGGGGUUGCUCGGGACGGGAGGAUAUUCUUCAUCAAUGAAGAAGCCAAGAGUACGACCUGGCUUCAUCCCGUCACCGGAGAGGCCGUCAUAACGGGGCACAGAACAACCCCAGAUUUACCAACGGGAUGGGAGGAGGGAUAUACGUUCGAAGGAGCCCGCUGCUUCAUCAAUCACAAUGAGCGGAAGGUGACCUGUAAGCAUCCAGUCUCUGGUCUUCCUUCACAAGACAACUGCAUCUUUGUCGUCAACGAACACGUGACUUCUGCAAAGCUUGUCCACCCUGUUACAGAUCCUGUCACAGUCAACCCUGUUACGGUCCACCCCGUUACAGAUCCUGUCACAGUCAACCCUGUCACAGUCAACCCUGUCACAGUCAACCCGGUUACACACCCGGUUACAGACCCUGUAUCAAACAGGUCAAAGGCUCCAGAGCAGGCUCCAUCAGAGGAGAGUGACAGAGUGAAGAAGGAGCGCCCGAUGAGCACCAUGAGCCAGGCGUCUAACUACACAGGAGGGUCAGACUACAGCACCUAUCCUGGCAGCAGCCCCGCCACACGGCCUUCAAGGUCUUACAAAAAGGUCCACAACUUUGGCAAGAGGUCCAACUCUAUUAAGAGGAACCCCAAUGCCCCGGCGGUCAAGAGCAACUGGCUUUACAAACAGGACAGCACAGGGAUGAAGCUAUGGAAGAAGAGGUGGUUUGUGCUGUCUGACAUGUGCCUGUUUUACUACAGAGAUGAGAAGGAGGAGGGCAUCCUGGGAAGUAUCCUGCUGCCCAGUUUCCACAUCUCCAUGCUGUCUGUCGACGACCACGUCAGCAGGAAAUACGCCUUCAAGGCGACCCACUCCAACAUGAGGACAUACUACUUCUGCACAGACACGGCCAAAGACAUGGAGUCCUGGAUGAAAGUGAUGACGGACGCAGCCCUGGUCCACACAGAACCAAUCAGAAGACUGGAUAAGUUGAAGGUGGACCGCUGUUGUCCCCAGGAGGUGAACAACAUCUUGAACCACAACCGGGUUCUGACCCGACCAGAGAUCCAGAACAACGAGAGGAACCUUGAGCCGCGCCAGCCCUCCAUUACCCGCAGCAUGGACCGCACAGACGGGGACAGGAAACACAAAGACCCAGAGAAACACACCCUCCAGAGAGAGCGGGAACGCUACACGCUGCAGAGAGACGGAGAGAGAUACUCCCUUCAGAAAGACGGGGUGAGCUACACGCUGCAGAGAGACGGAGAGAGGUACCUGUUGCAGAAAGACGGCGAGCGGUACGCCCUGCAGAAAGACGGGGAGCGGUAUUCCUUGCAGAAAGACGGAGGCGAACGAUAUUCUGUGCCUAAAGAUGUUCAGAUGGAGAAAUACGCACCUCAGAAAGACGGGGAGAAGUACUUGGUACAGAAAGAUGGAGAGAGAUAUGCACUGCAAAAAGAAGGAGAGAGAUACACCCUCCAGAAAGAUGGACAGAAAUACAACCUCCAGAGAGGGGUAGAGAGACAAACGUCUAUGACUGAGAAAGAUCGGUCAGAUCGUUAUGGGACCCUUGAUGAAAGGCAGAAGUAUAAAACCCUACGAGAAGGGAGUAAGUGUGGUACCCUGCGGGAUGGAGAGAAGCACGGGACGCUCGAUAAGUAUGGUACUCUUAGGGAAGUGGAUAAGUAUGGAACCCUCCGUGAAGGGAACAAAUAUGGAUUCCAGAGGGAUGGCAGUGCUGAGAGACCUCUGACUAAAAUCAACAGCAUCAAACUCCAACCAGCCCAGGCAGCAGCCAUCGCAGCAGCAGUUACAGCUUCCCGCCAGAUACAGGUCUCCCAGCACAUGGCCCCACAUCAGGUCAACGGCUCAGGGGAGCGGGCUGGGGACCAAAGCCCAGGGGAGGUGGUAGGUACCCUGGGCAGAGGAGCAGGGAAGGCCCAUGACCCGCCUCAGAAUCAGACCCAGAACCAGCAGGCCCAGGAGCCAGAGAAGAGUCUGACCAGAACCAACUCCAUGAGGCAGCUGGAGAACUGGGUUAGGACCCAGAGGACACAAGAGGAUGACGAUACUAGGAGCAUCACCUCCUACCAGACCUUGCCCCGCAACAUGCCCAGCCACCGUGCCCAGAUCGUUCCCCGCUACCCUGAGGGCUACCGUACCCUCCCCAGGAACAUGCUGUCCCGACCCGAGAGCAUCUGCAGCGUGGCCGGCUCCAUCUACGACCGUGCCCUGGCUCCCACAUCCAACGCAGACAAGAGGCGCUCCAUGAGGGACGACACCAUGUGGCAGCUGUAUGAGUGGCAGCAGAGGCAGGCCUUCUCCAGGCAGGGCCCACCACCACCAGGCCACUACGGGACCCUGCCCAGCCCCAAGACCAUGGGGAACAUCUCUGAGCACCAGGGGGUGGCCCCCUCCAUCCCCACAUCCCCCUCCCAUGGAUCCCUGGCCCUCUACCACACAUUCUCCCCCCCGGGCCAGCACCGCAGAGACAACCCACCAGGGUCGACCAGGUCCGAGGUGUCCUCACCCAUCUUCAGAGGGGACCAGACUAUGACUAUAGACUGCAGGCACAGGACUCACCUCACCAAGUAUAACUACCCACCUGACCGCCGGUCCAUGCCAGCAGGCAUCCCAGUGCAGACCAUUACCCCACAGUCACUCCAGGGCAAGACGCCAGAGGAGCUGACCCUGCUGUUAAUAAAGCUGCGUCGGCAGCAGGCUGAGCUCAACAGCAUCCGGGAGCACACUGUGGCUCAGCUAAUGAUCCUUAGCAUGGAGGGGCCCAACGCCAAGAGUGAGGUUCUGUCUCAUCACCUUCAGAGGAACCUCAUGUAUCUGGACAGCCAGACGAAGGACAAUGAGCCGUUAAUCUUCACGAUUCACACUAUGAUUGAGAACUCUGCACCACGGCCUCAACUGUACCAGCAAAUCAGCCCUGAGGACUACAAAGACAACUCCUACAGCCACCAGAGACCAGAGGACAUCGACAUAGACACUAAGCUGAGCAGACUGUGUGAGCAGGACAAAGUGGUGAGAACACAGGAGGAGAAACUACAGCAACUACACAGAGAGAAGAACACCCUGGAGACGGCUUUGCUGUCUGCCAGUCAGGAGAUUGAGCAGAGCUCUGACAACCCAGCGGCCGUACAGAGCCUUAUGCAGCAGAGAGACGUACUGCAGAAUGGACUGCUCAGUACCUGUAGAGAACUGGCACGGGUCAACACUGAGUUGGAGCGGUCGUGGAGGGAGUAUGAUAAAAUGGAAUCUGGCGUCUCUCUGGCCAAAACAAACCUGUUGGAACAGCUAGAGGCCCUGGGCAGCCCACAGACGGAACCUCCCAGCCAGCAGCAUGUCCACAUCCAGAAAGAGCUGUGGAGGAUCCAGGAUGUGAUGGAGGCUCUGGCCAAGAACAAACCCCAGAGGACCACUGACACUGGUUUCCUUGGUUCCAAACCCAUCUCAAACCUACAGAAGAACGAGCCGGUGACCUUGUUCCGGUCACUCUGUUCUCUCACGGAGGGUGACCGUCAGCCCCCCCGCCCGCCCCUCCCCCAGUCCUACGGCUCAACAGAGCGCCCUCCCGCUGUACCCCCCCUUCCCUCCCCCUCGGGCGCCCGUCCGCCACCACACACAAGCAAGCACGGCCAGAGGAACGGAACACACAGCAGUCAAGGCCCAGACUACCGUCUGUAUAAGAGUGAACCAGAGCUGACCACUGUGGCCGAGGAGGUGGACGAUAACAACGGAGAGGACAAUGACAAGGACAGACUACAGGCGGGGCUGACCACUGACAAGGAGCCUGCGGCCACUAAAGUCCCAUUAGGAGUACCAGUCUACCCAGUGGGUAUCGUGCCCCCCAGGACCAAAUCCCCCAUGAGCCCCCCAGAGUCCUGCACCAUCGCCUCCUACGUCACCCUGAGGAAGGGCAAGAAGCCUGACCCCAGGACUGAGCGUCCUCACAGUGCCGUGGAGCAGACGUGCGGACCGGGGGAGAGGGAGAGCGGCAGAGCCAGGAUGAGUGUAGAGGAGCAGCUGGAGAGGAUCAGGAGACACCAGCAGGCCUCGCUCAAGGAGAAGAAGAGAAGUAGCAGUAGUAUCUCCCCCUCACGCUCUCCAUCUUUCUCCAAGGAAAACCCCUUCGUUACACAGGUCAGGCUGGAGGUGUUCUCCACAGACACCCAGGAGCUGGAGGCAGCACUGCAAGACCUGGAGGAGGUCAGAGGCCGAGUUACAGUGCAUCUGGAGAGGGACCGAGGUGCAGAACUGGAGCUGCAGAGAGACAGAGCUGCAGCAGCUGCUGAAGAAGAAAUGGAGAGGGGUCGAGCUGCAAUAGAAAAGCUGGAGCGAGACAUGACUGAGGUGGCUGCAGUGGUGGAGCAGGAGAUGGCCAGGACUGCUGUGGCUGUAGAAGAGGAGUUGGACAGGGCUGCAGAAUUGGAGCUGGAGAGAGACCGGGCCGCAGUAGCAGCAGCUGCAGAAGAAUUGGAGAGGGCUAGAGCUGCAGCUGAAGAACUAGUCAGAGGGAGGACUGCAGUGUCUCCAGAAGAGGCGCUGGAUAUUGACACAGCUGCAUUGGUGGAGCUGGAGAUGGAAAUCACCGUGGUGGAGGAGAUCAGCUACAGAGCUGAGGAGGUGGAUGUCAUCCCUGUCCCCAGGCUGAGUGAGGAGGAGCCACAGCCCCGGACGGAGAGCUCCAGCAUGGACACAGAGGUGUCAGAGACCCAGGUGAUGGUGAUAUCGGAUCAGGGUGUGAAGCCCCUGUAUGUACAGUACCUGAUCCCUGGACAACAUCAACAGCAGGGGGAGAGGGAAACAGAGAGAGAAACACCCACACUCCCAACACCCUCAUUCCCCACAACAGAUCAGUGACUACCUCAUUAAAGGCAGUAAAGAAGGAUGCAUUUGUAAGUAUCGGAAUAAGGCCUGUAUGUGAAGGUGUGACUGUGCCAGUUUGCCAGCUGCUGUGUCAGAAGCACUGACUCCUGAACUUGAGGAGGACAUGAUGCAGAGUGAGGUGAUGCAAGGGGAGGCUCCGGAGCAUGAGACCCAGGGGAACAACAUGAACAUAUCCUAUGAACUACCAGUAGAGGGCACUAAACUCAACAACAACCUGAUGGCAGUGAAAAGCCUGCCCUUUCCACCCCAGUCCUCCUCCUCUCCCUCUCCUCCAUCUCCUCCUCAACUCACUGACGGAUCCCACUUCAUGUGUGUGUAGACGUGUCGAGGAUUGUGGUUCUGUGAACUGAACUACACUCACCCAGACAUUGACCUUGGUGAGCAGUGACUCAUAAGCGAUGCCAGCCUGGAGACCCAAGAUGGCAUCCUACAGAGCCAUGAUGGCACCAGCUAGCCUGCACAGAGCAUGCCCAGUAGCUCUCUGUAUGUAUAGAAACAACUGUAGCCAGACAGACAGAAAGAGUAGAUCCACAGGCCUGCUCGUAUUACUUACCGCCUGCCUACACAAUAACUGUGAUGCAAAACUUUUUCAUUCACACAGAGAGAUCAGAGCACGAGAUAGUAUUACCAGAGUGAUAAUUGAUGAUGAUUAUUAUUAUUACAGGUAUUAUGAUGGUCUAUUAUUUUGGACAUGUUCUGUGAGGAUGUCUUGAGUGUCUAUUCGCUGAGCACUGCUGUGAAAAGGAGAGGACUGUACAGUUGUAAAUAAGAGCACUAGAGGAGUCUCACACCGGGAAGAUCUCAAUUGCAUACUCCUUUCUCAUCUAAUGGGUUCUGAGAAGGAGACAAGGACCUGAGGAUGGGAGGAGUAUGCAUUUGAGGUCUUCCCACAAUCACACACUAUUGAGAGGGCGAAGCACCAAAUCUACACACACUAAGGCAGUGCUUUACUUUAACCACACGGGGGCGCCAUAUGCUCUUUUUACUGGUUUUACUCCCAUUUAAGUUUUUAACCCGAUGCCCUAAACUUUUCAUUUUCCACAUAUUUUACACCGCACAUUCCCUCAUUGUUCAAAGAAGUUGUUAAUAUAUACAUAUAUAAAACAUAUAGAAUGAACUAUUCAAUGGGUUUAUACUUCAAUAAGGUGCCACCCUAUUGCUGCUGUUGGACAGAGUUGAAAUAUUUUAUAAAAGUUGUGUUUAUUUAUGUCGGGAGGAUCGGAAUCUGGUCGCCGCUGACAACCACACGUAAAUGUCCUGGGUUAGAAUCGAUCUGCUUCUCUGUUUUUUUUUCUACGGCUGAGAUAUAUUUAAAGUAAAAUAUAGAAGAGAGAAAAUAGUUUUAUGAGAUUAGGUUUGUGUGUUAGAUUCUGUCUGAUUGUGGGGAGUCCUGGACAGAGAGAAGAGAAUAGCACAUGUAUAAGCAAUAAGCAGGCGUUUUGUUCCUCCAGGACAUUAAAAUAUAAUGUACAUAAAUGUAAAGUUUCAUUGUGUAAAUGAUGUACACCAUAGAAAGAGCAGAGCAGAAAUUAUAAGUCUGAGGUUAUUAUUAUUAGAGUUAAUAUGAAAAAAUGUUCAUAUCUCAUCUGUUUUAUAUCAUGUGAAAUAAAUGUUGAUGUUCUUAAA